AGGGAAACCCGCGCGAGCAUGCGUACAGAACCCGGCGUAGCUGACGCGCCAAUGCGCGUGCGUUUAUAACCGAGCUAACGUUAGAGGCACCUGCGCAAUUCAAAAAGCAUCGCGAGGGCUCUCGUUUGCAAGGCCGGCUGGCUUUGUUUGCAAACAAACUCCAGCCUGAGGUGCUGCCCAUUUUCUCUGCUGGCUCCUGCUCUUGUCCGUUCCAGCAUUGAGCAUGGUAAAGAAGAAUACUAUCCCUGAUGGCUGGAGGAAUGUAUCACCAGUUGGACAACCUAUACCAGGAACUCGAUUCAUUGCUUUUAAAGUACCCUUAAAAAGGGCAAUCAAUAAUCGACUUCCACUACCUCAAAAGUUUACACCAAAAGAUCUCAUUGCUGCUGUGAAAGCUUUCAAUAAGGAGCUUGGUUUAAUCAUUGAUUUAACAUAUACAACAAGAUACUAUAAUACUAAGGAAUUGCCCAGAAAUACGGAGUAUAAGAAACUUUUUACUGUAGGCCUUGAAGUCCCAGAUGAUCCUACUAUUCUACUGUUUAAAAAAUGGGUCAGAAAAUUUCUAUGGGAUAAUGCAGACAAUGAGAAACUAAUUGGAGUACACUGUACUAAUGGAAUCAAUAGAACAGGUUACCUUAUAUGCAGAUAUCUUAUUGAUGUUGAAGGUUGGGAUCCAGAAACAGCAAUCCAAGCUUUUGGAGAAGCACGUGGUCACCAUAUGGAUGGUCCUAUAUAUCUGACAGAUCUUAAAACUCAGCCAAUGAGAAGCAACCUGGGGAUGAAUAUGUGGGAUGCUGAUGGAGAUAUUGUGCCACCGCCAGAUGAUAUAGACGAACGUAUGGAUCGAUUUCCAAAUGAAGAAUAUUCUAGGCCUGGUAAAAGACUAAGGGUUUAUGAUGAUGGCCCCAAUGACUUACCGGAACAGAUCCGAUUGAGAGAGUUUGAUUUUAUUAAUAAGGGUCCUGGGAAACGUCGAAAACCAUAUCAUGAUCACCAGUUUCAUGAUGACAUGCAGCCACCACUGCCACAAAUAAGACGAAGGCAUUUUGCUGACCAUCAGUUUCAUGAUGACUGCCAAGAAGAAAUGAAGAUUAAAGAUUUAAAGUUUAGUACAAGAGAACCAGGGCACAGAUUUCAACCUUUUGAAGACCAUCAGCUUGAUGAUGACUUUCGAGGAAAUGUAUCAGGGAGAGACAUUAAUAUGAACCGUAAACAAAGGCAUAGACGUUUUGCUGACACUCCUUCUUAUAAGCAUAGACCGACAGAUAGCCAGCUCAAUAGAGGCCGAGAAGGAAGACGAAGACCAGUUUACAAUCGACAGUCUAGAGAUAAUUUUCAGUCACUCCUGCAGGACAAAAAUCAGUCAUUCCUGAACAAGAGACCUGUGGAAAAACUAAGACUGUUUCAGAAUUGUCCUGUUCGUGAUGAUGUCCACUCACCAGUGGGAGAUUUUGAGUAUGUGACUAGGGGAUGUGGACAAAGAAUGGUACCUUUCCUUGACCAGCAGCAUCACAGUGAAUUACAAAGAAAAUUGUCAUUAGAAGAUUUUGAUGAUGAAGAUUAUGAUAGAAGAAGUAGACCAUUCCUUGAUAAUCAGUCAUACUGUGAUUUUAGUGAGAAGUCUCAGCUGAAAGAUUUCCAAAACAGGGGACCUGAACAAAGGCUGAAUUCUUUUAAUGAUCAUUCAACUCACAUUAACGAGCCACACGGGGAAUAUUCUGAAAGAAACUAUCGUUUUCCUUCUCAUGAGUACUACGCAGAAUCUCCCUUACUUCAGAGAGAUUAUGGCUCUGAUAAAGAUAAUUAUAGUGGAACUUGCAGAUCUGAUUGCCCUGACGAUUACAGGAAAAUCCAUCCUUUGGAGGUAAUUAACAGAGGAGGAAAAGCUAGAUUUGCUCCAUAUUCUUCUUACCCAACCCUUCACUCUUCAUCUUCACAUCAGGAACUGAGUUCAAUCUCAUUGCACAGUGGAAGGGAACAUCAGUAUGAAAUUAAGAGAGAAAUGAGGCAGGGGAAAAGAUUACCAGUUGUAACAAUUGAUUAUAAUUAUGGCUUGCCUUUAGACUAUGCUUCUGAAGAGGAAGACAGAGCUCGUUAUGUUUCACGUGCAAUAGAGCACUACAUUUUGAAUUGAAUUGGAUGUGUACUUGCAUGCAUUAUUUUAUAAACAUCUUCCUGCAUAUUGACCAAAUUACUUCUAAAGUUAAAAAAAAGCUUCGUUAUCAUUCAACAUCUGUUGAAUGAAAAAUCUGUUACAAGUCUAGUUCUGUUUUUUCACGUUUAAAUGAUAAAUAAUUGGUGAAAACAAUGCCUUUUAUGUAAAAUCAAACUAAGUUCUCUCACUCAUGAGAUUGAACAACGAUAACCAUGAACAACUGCAAAUGGUUCUCCUGUUUUCCUCAACAUGACAUGUUUCAGCUAAAAUGUAAUAAAACAAUUGGAUUACUGAUUUUGAUAGAAUGUUACUCUAAAGUUGGCUUUGAAAAGAAACAAAAAUAUAUAAAGAUAAAAAAAAUCAGUUCUAGUAAUGUGGCUUAUUCUUUUGAUAAUCUAGAUUUUUCAAUAUUUCUUUUGGAAAAUGUGCAUGUAAAUAUUGUUUCAGAAAAAAACCUGUCACACUAGAAAAAACAAUAAACUUGAGAUUUGUGUUCA